CGGGCAAGGGGUAGUUCGCCGAGGGUCGCGGACCAGACAGACCCCGGGUCGGGUCCGGGAACCCUGAGAGGAGAGCCCAGACCCACGGCCGCCCCUGGUGGAGGCGGGGCGUCGGAGAUUCGGAGGCGUCAGCAGGUUUGGGGAGAAGGAAACGAGUGUUGUGAGGAGCGUGGGUGCGGCGGGGAGGCCACUGCGGAGACCCCCGGCUCUCAAGGGACGCUCCAGUGCCUGUGCGGAGGCUCUCGGGGCCCAUGACACCGGCUUUUGAGUAUUUUUGGCGGUGUCAGGUCUUCAGCAGCGAGAGGAGGAAAGUCCGAGGAAUGAAUGGCUGCAGAAGCCAGGGCUUGGUUUUAUUAGAGUGGGAGAUGAGCCGUGCUUGUCAGUGGAAGGUGUUCACGUGAUUGUGAGGCGGCAUUUUGGAUUUUGUCACAAGUUAACAAUCCCGUUCCAGUUAAAGUUUUGAGUUUAUUGUGCAGCUGGCGAUUGUUCCAAUGGCAGCUUAGAAAGCAUAAUGAGGAAGUGCAGUGAUCUUGACUGUAAUUGGCCAUUAUCAACUUGCAUUCCUUCUAGGCUCAGCCUGACGCCUAGGAUCCCAUCCCUUGUCAAAGACCGGGCCGUGGAAGCCAUGUUCCCACCAGUCAGUGGGAAGGAGCUGCUGUCAUUUGAGGAUGUGGCGAUGUACUUCACCAGAGAGGAGUGGGGCCACCUCGACUGGGGUCAGAAGGACCUCUACCGAGAUGUGAUGCUGGAGAACUACAGGAACAUGGUCUUGCUGGGAUUUCAGUUCCCCAAACCUGAGGUGAUCUGUCAGCUGGAGAACUGGGACGAGCAGUGGAUCCUGGAUCUACCGAGAGCUGGGAAUAGGAAGGCUUCCGGUAGUGCUUGCCCAGGUUCUGAAGCCAGACACAAGAUGAAAAAGCUAACUCCAAGACAGAAAUUUUCUGAAGAUUUAGAGUCAUAUAAGAUAUCAGUGGUAAUGCAGGAAUCAGCCAAGAAACUUUCAGAAAAGUUACAUAAGUGUAAAGAAUUUGUGGACAAUUGCAGGCUGAGUUUCCCUACUAGUGGCGAUGAAUACAGCAGGGGCUUCCUUCAAAACCUUAACCUUAUUCAAGAUCAGAAUAUGCAAACAAGGUGGAAGCAGGGCAGCUAUGAUGAGGAUGGGAAACCCUUCAAUCAAAGAUCUUUGCUUUUGGGGCACAAGCAAAUUCUCACAAGAGCAAAGUCUUACGAAUGCAGUGAAUGUGGAAAAGUCAUUAGGCGUAAGGCGUGGUUUGAUCAACAUCAAAGAAUUCACUUUUUAGAGAACCCGUUUGAGUGUAAGGUAUGUGGACAAGCCUUCAGACAGCGGUCAGCUCUUACAGUCCAUAAACAGUGUCACUUGCAAAACAAGCCAUAUAGAUGUCAUGACUGUGGAAAGUGUUUUCGGCAGCUCGCGUAUCUUGUUGAACAUAAGAGGAUUCAUACCAAAGAAAAACCCUACAAAUGUAAUGAAUGUGAAAAAACAUUUAGUCAGAAUUCAACCCUUCUUCGACAUCAGGUGAUCCACAGUGGAGAAAAACCCCAUAAAUGCCUUGAGUGUGGAAAAGCCUUUGGCCGGCAUUCAACCCUUCUAUGUCAUCAACAGAUUCACAGCAAACCGAACACCCAUAAAUGCAGUGAAUGUGGACAGUCCUUUGGUCGGAAUGUGGAUCUCAUUCAGCAUCAAAGAAUCCAUACAAAGGAGGAAUUCUUUCAAUGUGGAGAAUGUGGGAAAACGUUUAGUUUUAAGAGGAACCUUUUUCGACAUCAGGUCAUUCACACUGGAAACCGACCCUACCCAUGUGUUAUAUGUGGAAAAUCUUUCAAGUGGCACACAAGCUUUAUUAAGCACCAGAGCACUCACAAAGGACACAUAUCCAUGUGAUAUUAACUGGAAAGCAGUCAUUGAAGGACUAGGACUUAACCUCUACUUCAAGUGUGUGUCACUUGAUUUUUUUCAUGAAAAGCAAUAAAUGUAACUAAAAGGGUUUUUCUA